GUAUUCUAUUAUAAAUGAAAGGAAAAAUAAGAUGCUGACAAUUGCUUACAACUGUUUUUCAUUUGCAAAUUCACUGCAAAGUUCAACAACAUCUGGUAAUAGUGAAGAUAAUUCUGACGCCAAUGACGAAAAAUGGUUGUGUCAAUAUAUGCUUGGAAAAAUAUCAGAGAAAAGGAAAGAGGAGCCGAAGGUUUAUUUAAAUUAUUAUUUAAUGGCGGCUAACCAUCUCUAUGAAAGUAAUGCAACAUAUCCUAUUAAAAUCAACCACAGCAAUCCUACCAUGCUUUCAGUGGAAGCUUUGGAGGUUUUUUACCGUAUUAAUGCUGCUAUCAUUAAAUAUCUUCAAAGUGGAAAGGAAAUAACACGAUCUACAGGCGAUCUUUUCAAUAAGAUUUUGAAAAAUUUAUCAAACAGCCCCUUCGCAUACAAUAAAGCAAAAAUUGAUGGAAAUUCUCUUAAUAUGCUAAAAGGAAAACUUAUAAACAAGUUUAAGCAACCAGUAAAUUAUAGCGCCAAACAAGAAGUCCAUACAGUUAGUGAGCCUACAAACAAUGUGGAUAAUAUGAAAUCAUCCGAGGAAACUAAAGAAAUUUCGAAAUGUUUAAAAAUUCCUCCGCAGGUGAGUUUUUUUAUUAAUGGUAAACGAAAAAAAAAAAAAAAAAAAUUUCAAAUGAAUAUUUUAUUGUGUCUAUAUAACACAGACUAUGGGAAGUCUCAUAUAUAUACAUUGGUGGUCAUAUAA